AUUGGUGUUUCACUUUCCCAGAGACCCUCUAGUAUUGGUGAUUUCCACCUCCUUAUUAGUCUCUCUGCUAAUUUGGUAGGUGUGAGGUGAACUUUCAGAGCUUUUUAAAUUCACAUUUUCCUUAUUAGGGAUUUGGAGAAUAGAUAACAAACUUUUAGAAGAAAUAAGUGAUGCAGAUACGUAUUUUCAAAAGAGUGUUUCUUGACAGGAGAUGUAACAAUUUUAUUACUUAAUAAAAUCACUGGUUAGAAUAGCCCAGGGAGCAGGAGGAAACCACAUUGAGCACUGUUGCUCUAGAUCAGAUUAAAAAGGGAUACCCAGAAGGUAGAGCACUUAUCACCAAGCACUAGUGCUUAAUGAAUGUUCAUUGAACAAAUGAAUUUAGGGAGUAUAGUUUCUAUCCUUGAGGAACUUAGAUUUUAAUGGAAAAGGCUGUAUGUUCUUGACAAUGACAUAAUACAAAAUGAUAAGAGAGCUACUGGUUAUUAACAAUCUUAACUGAACAAUAAGGAGACUCUGAAGAGAAUGUGAUUAGAUCCAGAUAGAAUGGCAUGGCAGAAGAGGUGAGUGUAGAGGAGGCUUUUUAAUCUUUUUGGCAUCAUGGGCCCCUUCUCCAAUUGAUAUUUUUAAAUGCAUAAAAUAAAAUAUGUAGGAUAACAAAGAAAGUCAGUUACAAUGAAAUAAUUCUCAAAAUAAUUGAUAAAGCAAAUUCAUGGAUCUCUUGAUUCUAUCCAGACUCUGGUCCAUUAACCCUAGGUUAAGAACUCCUUAAGUAAAGAGAGUAGCUGGUGGACAGAAGAUGUAGAAGGUAUGAAUUUUAGGUGGAAGGAGGUAGGAAAAGCAUGAAAAGGGCAGAGGUGAUACGAUAUAUAUCUCUCCAGAGAUAAUGUGUGGGGUAUUUGGUUUCAGGUGCCUGUGACAUUUGAUGACAUGGCUGUAUAUUUCUCAGAGGAGUGGGGGAACCUGGACAAGUGGCAGAGCUUUACAAGCACGUGAUGACAGGCAACUAUGAGAUGCUUGUCUCCUUGGACUAUGCUCUUUCCAAACCUGAAUUUCUGACCCGAAUUGAACAAGGAGAAGAACCAUAUAUCCAGAAUCAUUUGGAUUCAGAAGAGACAGAAAUAGCAGAAAACCUUGACCUUGGGACAGGACCUCCAAUUUCUAAUACUGUACAACCAUGCACUAAGCAAGAAGAUCAAGGGCCCAGGGAUCAGAACAACAUAGAGGAAAGCAUCCCUGCUAUAGACCUCAACAGAGGGGCUAAUUGGGCCAUGAGUACAGUGAAGGAGCCGCAUCCUCUGGAAGUCAGGGAAAAUCUAGAAUUUCCUGACCCAGUGCCCAGAGCAGCCACAGAAGAGCUUCUCCCCACCCCAGAUUGCGGCUCUGGCCCUGACACCCCAGAUGAGGGCCAGCCACAGCCGGUCCCCGGGGCCCAGGCCUGGGGCAGGCAUUGCAGCCAGGCCCCGGGCUGCCUCAGCUGGCCACCUCCCCUGCCGCAGAGCAGCCACAUCCGUGGGCUGAGGGAGGAAGUGGAGAGAGAGCUUGCUGAAGCCUCAGAGGAGCCCCAGGCAGGAAGCUCUCUCCCAGCCCAGGGAGCCCCAGGGGAGCAGCGGGCAGCCUGGCCCCGGAGCAGCUCUGCCCUGGGAGCCCCGGGGACAGGUUUUUACCUGGCCCCUCCCAGACCAAGGACCCCCGAGCCAGGGCACCUCUCCUGCCCCGGGCCCGGCUGCACGCCUGUGCGGAGCUGGGAAAGCGCCCCCAGGGCCACCCCCCAGCCCGGCCCCACCAAUGCCCCGAGUGGGACAAGAGCUUCGUGUGUUCCUCGUGGCUCCGGCGGCACCGGACGCUGCACACGGGGGAGCGCCCCUUCCCUGUCCGCAGUGUGAGAAGUGCUACAGCCGCAAGGAGUACCUGCCGAACCACCAGCGGCUGCACACCGGCGAGAGGCCCUGCCAUUGUGCUCAGUGCGGCCACAGCUUCGUGCUGAAGAGGAGCUCCAUCAGGCACCAGCAGAGGCACGCCAGGAAGAAGGAGAAGCCCCCGGGGGGCCCCGCCAGCACCCUCUGUCCGCCCGGGCCACGGCUGGUUGGGGCCGCCCCGCGUGCAGGAGCAGCUCCGCCCGGGUACAGGAACCGGGGGCCAGCGUCCUCGGGCAGAAAGAACGGCAUGCCCCAGGGCCGGCCCCCAAACCGCAGUUCCGAUGGUGAGGACAGAGAUGCGGCCCUAGACAGACUAAGGCCCAUGAGGAGUGUGGGCAGAGAAGGGGCGGGUGGGAGACGGGAGGGGUGCUGGCCCCCGGCCUGCUCGGGGGACCCUGGGCAAGUCUGAGCCUCUCGGAGCGCUGUGUGAGUGCGAGCUCUUCUCACCUGGGCUGAGAACUGCGCAGGACCCUCAGGAUACGGACUCCGUUUGAUUUCCUUUUUUAUUUUUGGGCUGUAGCUUGAUGGGAUGACAGAGGGCAAUAAACACCCCGUGGGCCUGUUUCUUCCACUGCAAAA